GGCACCGCACUUCAGUCGCGUUCGUGAUGGCGAGGAGUAAGGAAGGAGCUGCCGGCGCUCGGCUGCUGCUAGCGGCGGCGGCGGCAUUAGCCGCCUGCUGCCUCUGCCACGGCCUGCAGCUGUCCGAGCAGGAGAAGAAGUGCGUCGACCAGUACCGCAUCCUGUACCCUGAGGACAACGUGUGUUACAAGCUGGGCAACAAAGGGCCGUGCGAGGACGGCGAGCUGCUGUUCCUGGACGACUCGGAGGCCGACGAAGGAGAACAAGUCAAGCCGACGCCGGUGUGCAAGCAGUGCCGGUGCUGCCACCGCGGCACCACGGCCGUCUACUGGAACGCGACGGGCGAGUGCCUGCUGAGGAUCAGCGAGGGGCCGCGAGUCUGCCCCCACGCGGGCACCGAGCUGCGCGAGGACGCCUUCGGCCUGGGCGAGUGCGCCUGCCUGCCCGGCCACGUGCGGCCCACCGCCCCCGCCGCCGCCGCCAGCGGGGGCGCCAGCAGCGGGGGCUGGGGGGUGCCGCUGUACCUGACGACGGCGCCGCCCCCGCCGGAUGACUCGGGCCGCUGCUGGCCGCUGUUCCGGCGCGGCCCGUGCGCGCGCGGCCAGGUGUUGCUGCCCGGCGGCGACUGCGGCGCCGACGAGUGCCGGCGGGAGAACGCUGGCGGGGGCGGCGCAACGUUCGUGCCGCUGUUCGGCCGCUGCCGCCGCCUGGGCGACCCCUGCCCCCGCGCCGGCGUGCCACCGAACUCGACCGUGGGGAUCAGCUCCUACACCGGCAAUCCGACCUGCGUCGACCGCGACACCAACCCGCUCAACCUGGUGGACGCGCCCGCCAACUGCCCCACGGCCGCCGGUGGCGAGGGCUGCGAGAAGGUGGUCAACGUGCCCAAGGAUGGCGACGACUACUACCAGAAGUUGCUCGAGGCGGCCGAAAAGCGCCGCCGCAAGCGCCGCGUGCGCCCCAAUGCCCUAGCUUAGGAACGCCUCGAUGCCGUGAAGAGCCGUCGCCUGGCAACGCCGCAGUGCAGUGCCGAGCCGUCGCCUGGCAACGCCGCAGUGCAGUACCGAGCCGUCGCCUGGCAACGCCGCAGUGCAGUACCGAGCCGUCGCCUGGGGCAA